AUGCCUCUCGUUGCAGCAGCACCUACCCCGCGCGUCAUCCUGGGGUUGAUGACAUUCGGCACCGACGAGGCCACCGGCGCCCGCAUUACUACAGUUCCUGAGUUCGCCAAGAUCCUCGACCUCUACCAGCAGCGGGGCUACAGCGAGGUCGACACCGCUCGCGUCUACGUUGGCGGCCAGCAGGAGGCCUUCACCCGCGAGGCCGGCUGGAAGGAGAGGGGCCUCACCCUGGCCACAAAGGUCAAGUAUCCCAACGCUCCCGGCGAGAACACUGCCGACAAGGUCACCGCCAGUGUCGAGACCAGCCUGAAAGAGCUAGGCACCGACUGUGUCGACCUGCUGUACCUACACGCAGCCGACCGCGCCACACCCUUCGCCGAGACCCUGGAGGCCCUCGACAAGCUCCACAAGCAGGGCAAGUUCGUGCGCCUGGGCAUCUCCAACUUCACCGCCUUUGAGGUCGCCGAGAUAUGUCUGACGGCAAAGUACAAUAACUGGGUGCGCCCCACGGUCUACCAGGGGAUGUACAACGCCAUCACCCGCUCCAUCGAGACCGAGCUGAUCCAGGCCUGCCGCCGCUACGGCCUGGACAUUGUCGUCUACAACCCCAUCGCCGGCGGGCUCUUCUCGGGCAAGAUCAAGAGCAAGGACUUCACCCCGGCCGAGGGCCGCUUCAGCGACACCGCCAACAGCGGCAAGAUGUACCGCGGCCGCUACUUCAGGGACUCGACCUUUGACGCCCUGCAGCUCAUCGAGAAGGCCGUCGAGAAGCACAACCUGACCCUCAUCGAGACCGCCCUGCGCUGGGUUGUCCACCACUCCCAGCUGAAGAUCAAGGACGGCAACGACGGCAUCAUCAUCGGCAUCUCCAACAUCGACCAGCUGGCCAACAACCUCGACAAUAUCGAGAAGGGGCCCCUACCGGAGGAAGUGGUCAAGAGCCUCGACGAGGCCUGGAAGAUCUCAAAGGUUGAUACCGUACCGUACUGGCACGGCGAGGUCAAGUAUCACUACGAUCCCAAGCAGGUCCUGUUCGCCCCGGGGGCCAAAUAA